AUUUCCUCUCCAGUUUAAACUGUAAAAGAGUACAAGGGUUUAGCAGAGAGCAGCUGCCAUGGAAGAAGAGGCGAUUGAAGAACAAGCCGGACAGCCUCUCCGCUUACGAACUCCUCACAUCAAGAAAAGGGCUCUCAAAAACAAAGCUUUGUCCGUCUCUUUCAGCGAGAAAGACCUCAAGGACUAUGUGACUGGUUUUCACAAGAGAAAGAAGAAGAGGAGAAAAGAAGCCCAGCAGAAAUUAGAGGAGGCAGAACGGCGAAAGCGUAUUGAACGGCGCAAAAAGAGAAAACUGGAAAGAGAACUUGUAUAUGGUGGAGCUCCAGCAGGCCCAGGUGAAGAACCUGAUGAAUUUGGGGAAGACCAAGAGCAGGAAGAAGAAAGUGAGCCAAUUGCUUCAGUUUCGGGGACAACAACGUAUGACAAUGGUGGUGUUAAAGUUACAGUCACAACAACUGUGAUUUCUCACGAAGAAGAGUGUUUGACUGAAAAGCUUCCAGCUGCAGCACCCAAGUUCGUUGGAGGGUCCGAAAAGAAGCACAACAACUUACCUGUGAGUAAGAAGAAACCAUUCAAGAGAAUUGCGAAAAAAAGAUCUCGGCCGAAGCCGCAAAAUAAGAGAGACAGAAAGAAGGGAAAAAAGAAGAAUAAGAAGCAAUAGCUAUGGCCUCUCUCUCUCCCUCCUCUCUUUUUCUCUCUCUCUGUCUGGCUAGACAAAUAGACCCAUUGCUGAUGCAUAUGAUCAUAUGAAUUAUGGCAUUGUGAUGAGCUGUUAUCUAAUUAUGAGAUAUUGUGGCAUCAAUUGUUGUUUUAAGUCGCAAAAGCACAGCUGUAAUGUACUUUUUAAGAGUUUAUGCAUUUGUUUAUCUUGGAAAAUUUGUUUAUUAUUUCACAUACUUAGCUUCAACACUGCUUUGCAGUCAUG